AUGUCUGGAACAAAUCCACAAAAAAGACCAGCCGAUAAAAAUGAAGACGAAGAAUCGGCCAAAAGACGCAAAGAAAAGCUUGAUCGAUUCGCGGAGCUUUUGGAUAGCGUCAGCAAGCCACAGGGCAACGAUAAUCGAGGCCGCAGCCAGACACGAUCCGGUGGAGGCCAUGGAGGCCGUGGAGGAUCUCAAGGUGGAAUAUUUCACCGGAAUGACAAUGUACAAGACGAAACUCAGUCUUUAGUACCCAUGCCAACGCCCGAUGGGACGCUUGGCUCUGGAAUGUCAAGAGCGAAUUCGCUCUUUUCACUGCCUAGUAGCAGACCAUUAGAUAGAGCUACCACAGGACACUUAGGCAACAGAUCCCGUGACCUCAGUGCGCUUGGUAGCAAUGAUGGUGCCAGUUUCACAGGCAACGGUCUCGUUUCCUAUGGUGCAACCCAGGGUUUGGCGCAACGAGUUGCACCGGCUCCAAUUCGCUCCUUACUGUUGGAGCAUAUGCGUCGUGAUAGACUGACUCAGACUCAAUCUAAUCAGGGGCAAGGCCAACCGGGAGAUCAACGAACGGGGCGGGGGCAAGGCCAACCGGGAGACCAACAAACGGAGCCGGCUAGCACCAAUCCUCCAGAGACGAGCUGGAAGGAUGCUCCUAAGCUACCUAGAGGUAGUCAGGGUCGAGCGAGGGGUGUAACCCAAAAGAAGGCGACAACGCCUCUCACUACAGAGCUCGAGGGUUCCCUUGGCCAACAGGAUGAUCGGUGGGGUGAGAAUCUCACCAAAGCAUGGAGUGAACUCAGGCAAGCCCAAUUAUGGGACAGCCAGGGCUACGUGACCAACAUUUUUGCAGUCUUUGUCCCUCUCACCGUCGCGAGACUGUCGGGCAUGGACAUUCUUAACGGGCUUGCUGAGCUCACUUUAGAGAAAGCUGGUGGACUUGAAGACAUCCGUCUACAGUCCAAGCAAUUGGAAAGGUCCUAUGUCGAGAUCUGCAUCCAGGUAGCCAAGGGAAAAGAGAACCGUACCAACCUAUUAGAGGUAUGGCUGAUGCUGGUGCAAUGGGCAACCACUUUAUGGAUGGGGUCGCCCAUACCGCUGACAACAUGGGCACGGGUCUGGUUCUCGAAGACCUUCCCUCCGAUGACAACAGACAGUGACCCUGUGAUAAUCUUCCUAGAUUCCGAGAAUGCACGCGAAAACGCGACUAAUCAUAACGUUUAUGAGGUUCGGCGAUGGACGAAACAUUACAACGAUAUGGCUAGGAUGCGACGCACCUCGUAUGACAGCAUGUGCAGGCUAUCCGAAUCUCAGGCUCACGAGAUAAAGGACGUGAUCAAAAAGCAGAUCAAUACCUCCGACAGGGUGCAGAAUGUCAGGCAGAGGGGCCGAUACUUUCAUUUUGGAAUUACGGCAAUCGAUUUGUUGCUCGUAACUGGCAAGGAAAUAUGGAGUGACAGUGUUGCAAAUACUCUUGCUCGAGAUUUGGGUUACGAGCUCACAAUAACCGGUUCGGUAUGA